UGAACCCAUAAGACUAUAUAUCUCUAUAUGUCUAUGUAUUAACAUCAACAAUCCUCAAAAACACAAAAAAGAAGGAUAUGCCAACACUUCUAAGCUUUCUAUUGCUUCUGGUUCUAAAUCUUUCUUCACCAUCAUUUGCAACUGAUUCUCUUGAUGCAGAUUUUCUCCAAUGUCUAUCAAAUCAAACCAACUCACAAGACAACAUCUCCAACAUUGUGUACUCUCAAACCAGUCCUUCUUACACUCCUCUUCUACUCGCUUACAUUCGAAAUUCUCGAUACAACACAACAUCAACCCCAAAACCCUUGAUCAUAGUAACUCCUCAGGAUGAAUCCCAUGUCCAGGCUGUAGUGAUUUGUGCAAAAGAAGUUGGGUUUCAAAUCAAAAUCCGAAGCGGCGGGCACGACUACGAGGGCAUCUCAUACGUCUCUAACAUACCCUUUUUAGUCCUUGACAUGUUCAACAUUAAACGGAUCAAUGUUAGUUUACAAACACAGAGAGCUUAUGUCCAGGCAGGAGCCACAGUUGGUGAACUUUAUUAUAAAAUAUGGGAGAACAGUAGAGUCCACGGAUUCCCUGCCGGAGUCUGCCUUACAUUAGGAAUCGGAGGACAUUUUAGCGGUGGUGGGUACGGUACCAUGUUGAGGAAGUUUGGUUUAUCCGUGGACAAUGUGUUUGAUGCACAAAUAGUAGAUGUGAAUGGCAAAAUUCUUGACAGAAAAGCAAUGGGAGAGGAUCUUUUUUGGGCGAUUCGGGGAGGCGGUGGAGCAAGCUUUGGUGUUGUUCUUUCUUACUCAAUCAAUCUCGUUUCGGUCCCGGAAAUCGUGACAGUUUUUAGGGUAGAGAAAACAUUGGAAGCGAAUGCUACAGAUUUGGUCUAUAACUGGCAAUCUGUGGCACCAUCAAUUGAUAACAAUUUGUUCAUGAGAGUGCUAUUGCAGCCUGUGACAUCAAAAACCAAUAAGGGUGAGAAAACAGUGAGAGCAUCUGUUGUAGCAUUGUAUCUUGGCAAUGCAAAUACUCUUGUUAGCCUAUUGAAUAAGGAAUUCCCUGAAUUGGGUUUGAAGAAGGAGAAUUGUACUGAAAUGGGCUGGAUUGAUUCUGUGUUAUGGUGGGCUAAUUCUGAUAUUGGUACUUCCCCAAAUGCUAUGCUAGACCGACAUCCAAACACCGCGGGUUUGUUGAAGAGGAAAUCAGAUUAUGUACAAUCGCCAAUUUCAAAGAACGAUUUGGAGUCGAUUUGGAAGAAAAUGAUAGAGCAAGGGAAGGUAGGGAUGGUUUUCAAUCCAUAUGGAGGGAGAAUGGCUGAGAUUCCGGCCUCGGAAACCCCAUUUCCACACCGGGCGGGGAAGUUGUUCAAGAUACAAUACUCAGUGAAUUGGAAGGAAGAGGGAGGUGAGGCUGAAGAGAAGUAUUUGAGACAGGCAAGGGAGCUUUAUAGUUUCAUGACUCCAUUUGUGUCAAAGAAUCCAAGAAGUGCUUUCUUGAACUAUAGAGAUCUUGAUAUUGGGGUCAUGCCAAAUGGUACGAAUGACUAUAAGGCAGGGAGUGUUUAUGGGAUCAAGUAUUUCAAUGACAACUAUGAUAGGUUGGUGAAGGUGAAGACUGCUGUGGAUCCACAAAAUUUCUUCAGGAAUGAACAGAGCAUCCCAACUCUUCCAAUUAAUGUAUAGAAGAAACAUAAGGAGCUCUUUGAUUUAGUGGUAGCAUGCUCCUUUGAAUUUGAACCAAAACAAGGUUGGUGUCCCCUCAAUACUAAUAAUAAUCAUUAAAAAACCGUUACUUAUCAGGAAAAAAA